AUGGCUGAAGCAGCUGUAGAAGAUAGACCUACACAAAAGUUUUAUUGCCAUGUGUGUAAUAUCCAAUUCCAAAAUGCCUCAACGAAUUUCACAUGCCCACAUUGCUCUGAUGGAUUCAUAGAAGAGCUUCAAGAAACUGCUGAUGGAAAUGAAGAAAUGGUAGAUGUAGGAGAAUGGGAAGAUGCAGAUAUGGAUAACUUGAUGUUACCUCUACAUCUCAUGGAAGAAAGAAGAUCCAGAACACGGUCUGAAGGAAACCGUCCUGGUAGAAGGUACGCUAAUCGCGCCAGGAUAGUUAGACCCAGAACCUUGACUAGACUUGCUUCCUCUAAUCUCAGACAGCAAGUGCCUUUCGAGAACAUCCUGCAAGACUUUAUCGUCAAUUUGGGGGUGGGGGUGAAUUGGGGCGCGGCGGGGAAUAUGCAGCUGUUCUUGGGGAAUCCCGGCGAUUAUGCUUGGGGGAGAGAGGGCCUGGACGCUAUCGUUACGCAACUGUUGAAUCAGAUGGAUAGCACAGGCCCGCCGCCCUUGUCGAAGGACGUCAUCGACUCCCUACCCGUGGUCGAGGUGACGCCGGACCAAGUUUCUGCCAAGCUGCAGUGCUCCGUGUGCUGGGAGGACUUUCAGCUGCGCGAAACCGUUCGUCAGCUGCCCUGCACGCAUGUCUACCACGAGCCGUGCAUUAGGCCGUGGCUAGAGCUGCACGGUACCUGUCCCAUUUGUAGGCAGAAUUUGGGAUUGGGCGGGGAGCAGCCGAAUGGCGACAACAAUCAGGAUACAGGAGGUGCGGGUAACAGUUCUUUCAACGUGUUGAGAAAUCUUUUCCACAAUCAACAAUCAAGCAGUUCCUCUAACGCCUCAAGUUCUAGUUCUGUAGAUAAUAAUGGAGCGACGACGAGAUCAAGGUCACAGAGCGAUUCGAUGAUGUAA